CCUCCGUCGCGGCGGCGCGGUGCACCCUGGGAUAGGGAGCGAUCUCCGAGCGAGGCAGCAAGAUGGACGCGGGAUUCUUCCGCGGAACAAGUGCAGAACAGGAUAAUCGGUUCAGCAACAAACAGAAGAAACUACUGAAGCAGCUGAAAUUUGCAGAAUGCCUAGAAAAAAAGGUGGACAUGAGCAAAGUAAAUUUGGAGGUUAUAAAGCCUUGGAUAACAAAACGAGUAACAGAAAUCCUUGGAUUUGAAGAUGAUGUUGUGAUUGAGUUUAUAUUCAACCAGCUGGAAGUGAAGAAUCCAGACUCCAAAAUGAUGCAAAUCAACCUGACAGGAUUUUUGAAUGGGAAAAACGCUAGAGAAUUUAUGGGAGAGCUUUGGCCCCUACUGUUAAGUGCACAAGAAAACAUCGCUGGAAUCCCUUCUGCUUUCUUAGAACUUAAGAAAGAAGAAAUAAAACAGAGACAGAUUGAACAAGAAAAAUUGGCAUCUAUGAAAAAACAAGAUGAAGACAAAGAUAAGAGGGAUAAGGAAGAAAAAGAAAGUAGCAGAGAAAAGAGAGAGAGGUCUCGAAGCCCAAGAAGACGCAAAUCCAGAUCUCCUUCCCCUAGAAGACGGUCUUCCCCUGUCAGGAGAGAGAGAAAGCGCAGUCAUUCUCGAUCUCCCCGUCACAGAACCAAGAGCCGGAGUCCUUCCCCUGCUCCAGAAAAGAAGGAAAAAACUCCAGAGCUCCCAGAACCUUCAGUGAAAGUAAAAGAACCUUCAGUACAAGAGGCCACAUCUACAAGUGACAUCUUGAAAGUUCCCAAGCCUGAACCUAUACCAGAGCCUAAAGAACCUUCUCCUGAAAAAAAUUCCAAAAAAGAAAAGGAAAAGGAAAAGACUCGCCCAAGAUCUCGGUCACGUUCCAAAUCAAGAUCACGGACGCGUUCUCGGUCUCCUUCUCAUACUCGCCCAAGACGGCGCCAUAGAUCCCGAUCAAGAUCAUAUUCGCCUAGAAGGCGGCCAAGCCCAAGAAGGCGGCCAUCUCCUCGAAGAAGAACUCCACCGAGACGAAUGCCUCCUCCACCAAGGCAUCGAAGGAGUAGAUCUCCUGUUAGACGAAGAAGGCGUUCAUCAGCAUCCUUGUCUGGGAGUAGCUCAUCAUCCUCUUCAUCUCGUUCCCGGUCACCGCCAAAGAAGCCUCCCAAGAGGACAUCUAGCCCCCCUCGAAAAACUCGUAGGUUAUCUCCUUCAGCAAGUCCUCCUCGGAGAAGACACAGGCCAUCACCUCCAGCAACUCCUCCACCAAAAACUCAUCAUUCCCCAACACCCCAGCAGUCAAAUCGUACAAGAAAAAGUCGUGUUUCUGUGUCUCCAGGGAGAACUUCAGUGACAAAACAUAAAGGUACUGAGAAGAGAGAGUCACCUUCACCAGCACCAAAGCCUAGAAAAGUAGAGUUAUCUGAAUCAGAAGAAGAUAAAGGUGGCAAAAUGGCUGCAGCAGAUUCUGUGCAGCAGAGACGCCAAUACAGACGACAGAACCAGCAGUCUUCUUCUGACUCUGGCUCCUCCUCCUCUUCAGAAGAUGAGCAACCCAAGAGAUCACAUGUGAAGAAUGGCGAGGUAGGCAGGCGGCGGAGACAUUCCCCUUCUCGCAGUGCCUCUCCUUCACCACGGAAGCGCCAAAAAGAGACCUCUCCUCGGAUGCAGAUGGGAAAGCGAUGGCAAUCGCCAGUGACUAAAAGGACUCCUUCUCCUCCCCCUCGUCGGCGCUCACCUUCCCCAAGAAGAUACUCUCCUCCAAUACAGAGGAGGUACUCUCCUUCUCCACCCCCAAAGAGAAGAACAGCCUCUCCUCCACCUCCUCCUAAACGAAGGGCAUCUCCAUCUCCACCACCAAAGCGCCGGGUCUCCCAUUCUCCUCCUCCCAAACAGAGGAGCUCUCCAGUCGCCAAGAGACGUUCGCCUUCUUUAUCAUCAAAGCAUAGGAAAGGGUCUUCCCCAAGCCGCUCUACCCGGGAGGCUCGGUCGCCACAACCAAACAAACGGCAUUCUCCCUCGCCACGGCCUCGAGCUCCUCAGACAUCCUCAAGUCCUCCACCUGUUCGACGAGGAGCAUCAGCAUCACCCCAAAGAAGGCAGUCCCCAUCUCCAAGUACUAGGCCCAUUAGGAGAGUCUCCAGGACUCCAGAACCUAAAAAGACAAAAAAGGCCGCCUCACCAAGCCCACAGUCCGUAAGAAGGGUCUCAUCCUCCCGAUCUGUCUCUGGAUCUCCUGAACCAGCAGCUAAAAAGCCCCCAGCACCUCCAUCCCCUGUCCAGUCUCAGUCACCCUCAACAAACUGGUCACCAGCGGUACCGGUCAAAAAGGCUAAAAGCCCAACACCGAGCCCAUCGCCAGCCAGGAAUUCAGAUCAAGAAGGAGGUGGAAAGAAAAAGAAGAAAAAGAAGGACAAGAAACACAAAAAGGAUAAGAAACACAAGAAGCACAAAAAACACAAGAAGGAAAAGGCAAUGGCCGCAGCUGCUGCUGCGCCUGUGACCCCUGCAGCCAUUGCCGCCGCCACAACCACGUCAGCACAGGAGGAACCCGAGGCAGCACCGGAGCCCAAGAAGGAGACUGAAAGUGAAGCUGAAGAUAACCUCGAUGACUUAGAAAAGCACCUGCGAGAAAAAGCCCUGAGGUCCAUGCGGAAGGCUCAAGUGUCCCCUCAGUCUUAGGUGGAAAUGUUUGUUACGAUGUAAAUUUUAUUUGGUUUGUACUCAAUUCAAUUUCAAAAUUGCUAAAAUGUGUUUGAGCUUUAGACUAUAACAUUUGUUGUAAUAAUUGCUAGGUUGAAGUUCACCAUGUUUUAAAAAAAAGGGCAUGGAUUUACAUUGCAAAAGGUGUCCACAGUGUAUUAGUGACAUUCUUCUAUUGACCACUGACAUAAAUUCAUUUAGAGUGAAAUAUUUUAAGCCAAAAAAAAAAUCCCUUUUUUAAAAAAGGGGGUUUAAGUAUUGUUGGCAUUCUCAUGGUUCCUCUACACUCUCCUGGCUGUUCCCACAGGUUUGUUUUUUGUUUUGUUUUUGUUUUUCUUUUUUUUUUUUUCCCCUCUCUUUUUUCUUUACUUUUUCUCAUUUGACUAUUACCAUCAUUUAAGUUAUGCUGCCAACCUUGUAUGGUUUGUAAGCUUUCCCAGAAAUAAGACCACUGCUGAACUACCACAAAAGUAUAAGUGAACAUUUUAAUGCCACAAUCUUUCCUGUUGCCUGUGGAGCUUUUGCUGAAAUGAAUCAGGAUUCGAGCUCUAGAAU